CCCCAAUUAAGCGCAGUCGGGAACAUUGUUUGGUUUAAUCAAGUCGGUGUAUGUCACUUCCGGCCAUUUUAUUUGCGCCAUUUUGGAUCCCUCUGCUGGAUGUGUAUUGUCUGUCAAACGAGUGGAAGCGGUGUCCGCAGCAAGAAAAACACUGACUGGUCAUUUGAAGAAGAGGACGCUGGCCGCGUGUUUCAAGAAAGGAAAGGGUUUCGCUUCAACACACGCAACCGAUGGAGGUUUCAUUGAGCUAAAGAGCGGCGGUGGACCUCUAUUCCCUGCUGUAGACGAGCAGAGGAGGAAGACUGCCGGCGAGAGAGACCGUCAGGCGGGUGGCUGCCCCUUCCUCCGCCGGGCUUGAACUCAAACGCAUAGUAAAUUCGAGUUGCCGACCCGUCAACUCAGUCGCCCUGAGUUGACACAACCAAGACGGGAGGACUGGACGUGGAAGCAGGUUUGCAGAAUGUUCCAGCUCCCCAUCAAUAACCUGGGAACUCUACGGAAAGCUAGGAAAAAUGUCAAGAGGGUCCUGGGAGACAUUGGCUUGGAAUACUGCAAAGAUCAUCUUGAUGACUUCAAAGAAUACACCCCUCCUGAGGUCUACAUAAAACACACUUCAUGGGAGGAUGUGUGCAUGUGGGAACCUUCUCAUACCAAAGUUCAGGACUACAGAUCAAAACCCUUCUGCUGCACUGGCUGCCUCUUCUCUUCAAAGUACUUCUCCGCGUAUAAGAGCCAUUUUCGAAACGUCCACAGCGAGGACUUUGAGAACAACAUCCUGCUGAAUUGCCCCUACUGCACUUACAAUGGCAACAAGAAGACACUGGAGACUCACAUCAAACUUUUUCACGUGCCCACUAACACUGUCCGACAGAGUCAAGGUGGGACAGGAGCCGCUGGUGUCUUGGCAAAGGACGCGCUGGCAAGGCAGGGAGACAAUGUGGAGCAGGCGGUGUACUACUGCAGGAAGUGCACAUACAGGGACCCUUUGUACAACGUGGUGCGCAAGCACAUCUACAGAGAACACUUCCAGCAGGUAGCCCAGCCGUACGUCGUGAAACCUGGAGAGAAAAAAAGCUCCCCAAAUGGUGGCGCUGCAGGAACCCCGGGGAAUAGUGUCAACAACAACCAGAUCCACUGCAAGAAAUGUCUGUUUGUUCCUAAAACCUAUGAGGCACUUGUUCAGCAUGUCAUUGAGGAUCACGAGAAGAUAGGCUACCAAGUGACGGCCAUGAUUGGCCAUACAAGCGUGAUCGUUCCCCGUCCCAAACCCAUCGUCAUCCCCCCCGUCAAAAGCCAAGGAGACAGGACCAUCAUUGGAAUGGGCCCAAAAGGCGCUGUGAUGGCCACCCCAAGGUCUCAUACGGUGCAGCAGAGAGUUGGUGUCCCGCCAAAGAUGGGCUUCAGUGCUCAGAGUCUACUUUCAGGUCUGAAGAACGAAGCACUGGGGUUGAAGCCUGCGUCACCCAGCCCCUUCACACGGGGCGGACAACAAGUCCGUGUGACAUUACCGGGAAACGCCCAGGUGUCUGUGCCCCAACAGUCGCACGCAGCCAAGCAGCUGGUUGCUGGAGGGAAUUUAAGAAGUACACUGAUGGUUGGGGCCUCCUCAUCCCUCAAGUCAAACCCUUUGGGGUCCCGGGUCCAGGCUGCUGCUACAACCGUAGCCUCUGUCACUGCUAAGAAAGGUGGCUCUUCUGUUCUUGGCACAACCUACACGCAGAAGUGGAAGAUCUGCACCAUAUGUAAUGAGCUCUUCCCGGAAAAUGUCUACAGUCUGCAUUUUGAAAAAGAGCACAAAGCCGAAAAGGUCCCUGCAGUGGCCAACUACAUCAUGAAAAUCCACAACUUCACCAGCAAGUGUCUGUACUGCAAUCGCUAUCUCCCCAGUGACACGCUCCUCAACCACAUGCUCAUCCACGGCCUGUCCUGCCCACACUGCCGCGCCACCUUCAACGAUGUGGAGAAGAUGGUGGCGCACAUGCGGCUGUCUCACCCCGACGAGGCGGUCGGCCCGCGCACAGACUCCCCCUUGACCUUUGACCUGACUCUACAACAGGGUAACCCCAAGAACAUUCAGCUGAUCGUCACUACCUACAACAUGAAAGACGCCCCGGAGGAGGCGGCGGCAUUUCAUGCACAAACCAACACCUCUGCGUCGCCAGCCAAGAGGCUGCUGCCCUUGCACCCGCCCAAGCCACACUCAGGGUCACAUGACACUGCCCCGCCCAGAAUGCCACUUCAGUCCUCUGUGCCCUACAAGAGAGACGUGGGUAAGACGCUGUGCCCGCUUUGCUUCUCUAUUCUCAAGGGUCCCAUCUCGGAGUCAUUGAACCACCACUUAAAAGAGAGGCACCAGGUGAUCCAGACAGUCCACCCGGUGGAGAAAAAGCUCACCUACAAGUGUAUUCACUGUCUUGGAGUUUACACCAGCAACAUGACUGCCUCCACCAUCACGCUCCACCUGGUGCAUUGUCGAGGGGUCGGCAAGUCCCAGAAUGGACAAGACAGCCGGGCAGUUCUGGCCGCGCGUGUCGGCCCGACCCAAGUCGGCGCCCUCAAAAGGGCCACCUUUGAUAGCUCGGACACAAGUGCGCCAAAACGACGGAGGCGUGGCCCUCCAGGGGAGAGAGCGCACCCUCUGGACACCAGUGGCCCCUUCACGUUUGUAGAGAACCCCGAGGAACCUGUCGUUUUAGCCCUGGACCCGAAAGGCCGUGAGAACGAGUCAUACGAGUCGAGGAAGGCCUUUCUGACCGAGUAUUUCAAUGCAGCGCCGUACCCGACUCAGCCAGAGGUGGACAAGCUGGCUGCCAGCUUGUGGCUGUGGAAGUCCGACGUCCUUUGCCAUUUCGUCAAUACCAGGAGAAAAUGUGUCCAGGAAUGUGAAGGCCAGAGCAUGAGUGUGCUGCUGGGGUUCACUAUGAACGAGGUCAGCAAAGUGACUCACGAUCUGGAGUUUGCUGAAGGCGCCACCUGCGAGGGAAAACACGGGGGAAGGCGAACUUCCGGCACGCGUAUCGCCGUUUCGGAAAAGGCCCGUCAAAGACGCAAGCAGUCGGUAGCUUUUCGUGGUGGGGUGCCACGGUUGACCCGAGCCUCGUCCAACUCACAAACCCAAAGUGCCAGCAGAGACCAAAACAAGACAAUCAACAGUAUCUUACCUCAGAAAAUGCCUGAGCCCAUCGCCAUUGAUUCUGACAGCGACAAGGAAGACCAGCCACUCACUAACAAGGCCACGGAGCAAAGAGCCGGGGCUAAAGUAACUUCAGAUUUGGACGACAUGUCAGGUGAGGAGGAGGAGGACGAUGAUGAAGACGACGAGGAUGAGGAGGAGGAUGAGGUGGACCAAAUCGCAGUACUGGAAAAUGGCUUUAGACACGUGGAUGGCUCAGGAAUAUCCGUGGUCACCGGAAGAAAUCCUCUUCCCAUCAUCAUUCCCAAGUUUGUUCCUUCGUCUGCGCGCAGCGGAGGAGACCGAGCGCAGCUGGGAAAACAGCAGGUCUGACCCACCGCCUCAACAAAUCUGCCUCAGCGUAACAGAAGGAGCGUUUUUACAAGCCAUCCAGUGACUGAGGGCCACUGUGGGAGAUGCAGAGACACGGAGGCCGCACCAAACCACAGUUCAUUUUGCCUUCUGUAACUUUCCUAAAUUGACCUACUGUAUUUGCUACUUUGAUGAAGCUCAUAGACUUGGAACUUCAAAAUAUUUUGUCGUGAGAUGGACAUUUUGUUGUCGAACUCUGGAUGCGAUGCUGGUGUACAUACAUUUGUACAGUCUUUUAGACUUGUUUUGAAAAAGGGUUUUGUGUACAAGCAAAAUAAAUAUUUGCUAUCACCCGUGGGUAAGGUAGCCUCAUACAUCCUCAUUCAGUAAGCUUGACUGUAGUGUCACUGUGGUGGCUCCAAGUUACAUGUAUUUUAUAACAAAAUCUAGUUUUUCUUUUGAGUACAAUAAUAUAUAUAUAUAUUAUAUGUUGAUUCAACUGCAAUUGGUUUGUAUUGACUGUUAAUUAAAUUAAAUUGGGGCGGGGGGCUGGAUUUUGUCCUUUGUUUUGGAAGUACUUAGCAUUUCUCAUUAGCUUUGGCGCUACUGUUCUGUUGGACUUGAUGUUUCUUUGGCCAACACAACUGGACACCUUGACCUAGAGGAGUAGUUUUGUGUUCUUUGACCAGUGUGUAUUUGUUUAUUUUCACUGCAGCAUUUACGAACAAUAAAGUUCCAGAAAUGUGCGACUCACAAAUGUUGGCUCCGUUUUAGUAUCGUAAAUGGCGUUUGGCCCUGAAGCCCAACUUGUCUCUGUCUUGGAUGAAUGAGCUGAUGUUCUUGUGAGAGUCAAAUGGUUUGGUGAGGCUGUUACCUGCGUCUGCACAGGUCAUGCCAUAUUUCCAAUAUCCUUCAGCAAGUGUCCCUGGCAGAGGCCAAGCCAGAGCUUCAAUCCACCCUGGUGUUGUGACCUGGAUGAUUGUUUUGAAGCACAAGUUCUUCACGCGUGGAUGGAUGAAUUUGAGUUUUAUUCGUUAUAUAUUUUUCUUUUCACUUCAGCCCAACAUCUUAAAGUCUCCAGUUGAAUUGGGAGUGGAGCAUUAGUGAACUGCAGAGAAGUGGGAGUCAGACUCAAGUUGGGUCUGUCGGGGCACAGCUCUGUAUCCUCCCAGACCGACAUCACAGUGCAGCACGUGCCUGUGUCUCUGGGAAAGGUGUUGGUUCAUAAGAUGAUCCUGUCGAGGGAGCAGGCAUCUAAAAUGGAGGGGAGUAACCCUGGUACAAGAGCGAGGAGAGACUCUCCUUGGCUGCC